GGGAACCUAAGUAUUUCGCGCAUGCGCACCCAGCCUAACAACGUGAAAACAAAAUUGGACAUCAAUUUGCAUCCAAUAAAUUUUUAUGAAACUUUAGUACAAGUACGAAACAUUAUUGGACACUUUUCAAGACUUUGUUUUUGCUUUUAGCCAAGGCUUCACUGACUGAAGGGCAUUAUGUACAGCCCGUCCAAGUAUAGUCGGGUGAGCUCGAACCUGAGUCAGGGUACUCAAGCCAGUCACGCGGGCAAAAGCAAGAGGGUACAGGUGUGGGCAAGGAUCCGUCCUACAGCCAUCUUUGCACAAGAUAACCUUGAGCUGCUACCUGAUGGCAAGAGUGUAAAUGUGCAUGUCACAAAAGAUGGCCGCAAAGGCGUGGUGAACAACCAGAUUCAGGACUACUCAUUUAAACUUGAUGGCAUCUUCCAUAACUCCACCCAGGAUCAAGUGUUUGAUACCGUGGCCUCUGGUAUAGUGACCUCUGCCCUGGACGGCUAUAAUGGGACCUUGAUGUGUUACGGUCAGACUGGUGCAGGUAAGACCUUUACCAUGUGUGGUGCAACAGAGAGUUACCAGCACAGAGGACUGAUUCCACGGUCUAUCUCACAGCUAUUCAAGGAAAUCGAAGACAGACCAGAGUUUGCUAUCACAUGCAGAGUGUCGUACCUGGAGAUAUACAAUGAGACGAUGUUUGACCUACUUUCCACACUUCCCGAGUCCUGGAGUCAGCUGAACGAAGGUCAACCAAUGACGAUAUCUGAGAAUGAAGACGGUAUUUACGUGAAGGGACUCUCGUGUCAUCUGGUACAGAAUGAAGAAGAGGCGCUUAAUUUGCUCUUUGAGGGGGAGACAAACCGAGCCAUUGCUGCGCACACACUGAAUGCCAGGUCAUCCCGGUCACACUGCAUCUUCACAAUCUACAUAGAGACUCGUUCACGAGUGCAGUCCAACGCCAGAUACACGGUGUCCAAACUGAACUUUGUUGAUCUGGCGGGCAGUGAAAGACUUGGAAAAACUAAGUCUGAGGGGAAAACCCAGCAAGAGGCCAUGUAUAUCAACAAGUCAUUGACCUUCCUGGAGCAAGUGAUUGUGGCAUUGGCAGACCGCCGCCGAGAACACAUUCCAUUCAGACAGUCCAAGCUGACACACUGUCUCAAAGACUCCAUUGGAGGCAGCAGCAACACGCUUUUGGUCGCCAACAUAUGGGGUGAGGCAGGGCAGGUGGAAGAAACGGUGUCAACAAUGCGGUUUGCCAUCAGAAUGAUGUGUGUGUCCAGCGAACCCACAAUCAAUGAAGUGUACGACCCUGCAGUUUUGGUGAAGAAAUUACAGAAAGAGAUCAACCACUUGAAGAAUGAGUUGGCGAUGCAUGACACAUUGACAAAUCGUUCUCUGAUUACGUAUGAUCCGCUCUCUGAACAACAGAAGUUUGAGAUACGGCAACAGGUCCGCAGAUAUGUGGCUGGAAACUUGGAUGAAAUUGACGUGAUAAACUUACGGCAGAUUCAAGGAACUUUCGAGGCAUUUAGAGACAUUUACCAACAAAUGGAGAAGGACAUUGAGGAAAGGCUGAGACAGAAGUACGCUUUGAUUGACCGCACUGACCCGUCAGCAAUCCAGGCAGCCCAGCAGCGUGCUUCUCGUAAGCACAGACCCUCUGAUGUACCGGUAACAAGCUCUGAGGUUACAAUAGCAGCUGGUAUCCCGAUUACGGAUGAUGGACAGCUGGUGGGCGAGCCCGACGGUCAGAGUUUUGGCGUCGGCGUGGCACCAAGGUCAGCCCGUGCUGAACCCUCGUCUGUCGUUCAACUCAAGAAGAAGGAAGACGAGAAGAAGAAGAAGGAAAAGGCAAGCAAGGGCACCAGAAGCCCGGUUGCAGGCCGUACCAGCCCGGCUGCCAGUGCGGGUAAGGGAGAGCGGGACGUCAAGAGCCCACACACCCCACAGGAGAGGGAGAAGAGGGACGAGGAGGACCGAACAACUCCCACGAGUUCUGCGGGAGGUUCACGGGCAGAGAAACCCACACGACCAAGUACCCCUCCAAACAGGGCUAAGGCAUUCGAGGAAUUCAAGCAAGAAAAGGGAAGCGAGAUUAACAGAAUCCUCGUAGAAAACAAAGAAAUUCUAACUGCCAAGAAGAAGAAGUACACAGAGUUAGCGCGUGCUAUUAAUAGCACCAAGGUUGACAUCGAUGUGACGCGCUCAAAACUCGACCAACUGAAGGAUGACCGAGAGGCAGCAGGUCCGACGUACAACGAGGACGGAGACAUCGUCAUCUCUGAGGCGGAAUUCCUGGAAAUCAAGAAACUGAAGGAUCUGAAGCAGGCGUACAGAAACGACUUUGAUGAACUCAAGAAUCUUAAAGCCGAGGUCCAGUAUUGCCAGCGAUUGGUUGAUCAGUGUCGCCAGAGGCUUAUUCAAGAGUUUGACAACUGGUAUGCAGAAAGCUUCUUGAACCAGUCAGAGGAUGUCCAGUCCAGCGUGGCGGCUGGUCACGGCGUGAGACCUGGCAUCUUCAUCCCCUACAAUCCCAAUGCUAUGGUUGAGGACGAACAAGAGAAGUUUGACCGUCUUCAGAUGGAGCUGUUGAUGAACGACCCAGACUCGACGGCAUUCUACAACGCGCAAAUGAGGACCCAACGUAGGAAAACAUAUGAGGAGGCCAUGUCGCAAUCUCAGCCUGCGUACCGCCGCGCGCCGGGCACACCGACAAUGGCGAUCAGAAACAAGCCACCCACCAUGCUGCAGAUGUCGCACUAGGAGAGGAACGCCACCUUUGACAGCCUUGUUGUUAUUUCAGAAAAAGACAUCACCUUCGCUGUUGCUAUGACAUCUUUGACAGACUUUUGUUGCAUUUUUCAUUAACUAAUUGUGCGCUGUUGUCAACAGAUUGUGCACAUGUCGCACUUAGAGAGAUGCAUCACCUUCAUUGUUGUUUUACAUGUCUAUAAAAUUUGACAGAC